AUGGCUACUUCCUUCCAAACCCUAAUUCCUCUCCUUGCCACUAUAGCUUUGCUCCUCACGGCAGCGGAAGCACAGCGACCGCGUCCGCCUCCCAGAAGGACCUCCUUCACCAUCACCUUCAACGGCUCGCGGCCAUCGGAACUCACCUUCCAAGGCGACGCCUACUUCCCUCCGGGAGCGACCCGCCUCCGCCUCACCAAAACCGACGUUUUCGGAAACGCACAGCUGAACACCGAAGGCCGAGUCUUGUACUCCAACCCCAUCAGAUUCUUGGGAGGGAGGCGGCGGCGGGCGAGAGCCAGCUUCGAAUCCAACGUGAGAUUCGUUAUCACGCCCAACCGAGGCGACACCAAUCCGCCGGCCGAUGGCCUUGUAUUUUUCCUCGCCCCUGUAAACUCCACUCCCGAUGCAAGCGGCGGGAGCUUCGGGGUCUUUGAUUUAACCGGAAAUAAGGCGUCAGUUUUCGCGGUUGAGUUCGACAUCUUCAGCAACGAAUGGGAUCCGAGUUUUCGCCACGUGGGGAUCGACAUUCAGUCUCGGGUUUCCAGCAACGUGACGGCGGUCGACGACGCGAUAUUGGGGCAGGAGGUGAGUGCCCGCAUCGACUACAAUGCGGCCACGAAUUUGAUUAGGGUUAACGGCAGCGUCGGUGCAAAGGGGUUUGAGGUCAGUUAUGUGUACGAUUUGAGCACUAUUCUACCGGAACAAGUUCAGGCCGGAAUCUCUGCCGCCACCGGAGGUUUGGCCGCCGUUCACGACGUCGUCGCGUGGUCUUUCAGUUCUACCAUGCGGAGAAGAAGGCCUAAUAGCGACGAGCACAUUUGA